CUCCUUGCCCGGCUUGAAGGCAGAAGCUCCCUGAAAGAACUAGAACCCAACCUGUUUGCUGAUGAAGAUUCACCAGUACAUGGUGAUGUUCUUGAAUUUCAUGGUCCAGAAGGAACAGGAAAAACAGAAAUGCUUUAUCAUUUAACAGCCCGAUGUAUACUUCCAAAAUCAGAGGGUGGACUGCAAAUAGAAGUCUUAUUUAUUGACACAGAUUACCACUUUGACAUGCUCCGGCUUGUGACAGUGCUCGAGCACAGACUGUCUCGAAGCUCCGAGGAGACCAUCAAGCUCUGCCUGGGAAGAUUGUUCCUGGCCUACUGCAGCAGCAGCUUGCAGCUACUGCUCACGCUGCACUCACUGGAAGCCCUGUUCUGUAGUCACCCCUCUCUCUGCCUUCUCAUUGUGGAUAGCCUGUCGGCUUUUUACUGGACAGACCGCGCCAGUGGAGGAGAGAGUGUGGCCCUGCAGGAAUCCACUCUGAAGAAGUGUUCUCAGCUCCUAGAGAGGCUUGUCACUGAGUACCGCUUGGUGCUUUUCACAACAACACAAAGUCUAAUGCAGAAAGCCUCUGACUCAGCGGAGCAGCCUGCUUCCUCCAAGCUCCCAGGUGACGGAGACACAGACUACAGAGCCUAUCUCUGCAAGGCCUGGCAGAAGGUGGUGAAGCACAGAGUCAUCUUCUCCAGAGAGGACGAGGCUAAGAGCAGCCGCUUCUCAUUAGUUUCACGUCAUUUAAAAAGUAACAGUUUAAAAAAACAUGCUUUUAUGAUCAGAGAAAGUGGGGUGGAAUUCUGUUGAUCUCUAUCAUCAAAAGGGCUUUUGAGAACCCCAAGGCAAGUCUUAAAAAGUCUUCUAUAGGCUAAAGUGGUUUGAUUCUAAAGUUUUAUUCUGGGCAAACUCAAAGCUGCUCUGUCCCUUUAGGCUGUGGAAGGUCACUCAGCGCAGCUUCCCCUGGCUUGCUCUAUCUGCUUCCUUAUAGAACCCAGGGAUUGCCCCACCCAUAGUGGGCUGGGACCUCCCACAUCGGUCAGUAAUGAAGAAAAUGCCUUACUAGCUUGCCUACAGCACAAUCUUUUGGAGAAAUUUUCUCAACUGGGCUCCCUUACCUCUGAUGACUGUAGCUUGUUUCACAGUGACAUAAAACGCAACAGCACAGAGGUGUAGGACGAAGGCUUUAGAAAACUCUGUUAGGUAUCUUCACUCAAGGAAAAGUUAGCAUUCGAUGCUCAGGCCGACCGUCACAAAUAUAUCUUGAGUUUCCCUGUGAUGAAGUGGUUGUAUUCUUGUAGACUUGUUCAUUUAUGUUACCAGAGGUUUAUGAGUUAAAAGCAUCUUGUAGAGAAGCAGAGACUGAAUUUCUUCAUUACAAAGGCAGUGAUAGAACUUGCUGUCUGUGCUCUCCCUGUGUCCCUGGGCCUGCCUCCUGUGGGCAGGGUGGGCAGCUGCAGUAAUGCUUCACUCAGUGUAUCAUCUUCCUCAGUCAGUUCUUCUCACAGAGCCAGGUAGGAUCCUUUCCCUCAUCAAUGAGAAAACUCUUUUUUUUUUUUUUUUUUGACCCAUGGUCUCACUGUGUAGCUCUAGCUGACCUGGAACUCUAUAUAAUCCAGGCUGGCCUCCUAAGUGCUGGUAUUAAAGACGUGCACCACUGUAUCUUCCUGGCUCAUUAAUACAGUUUUUAAAAUAUCUAUGAAAUUAAAAUGCAAAUGUAUAAUUUCCACCUUCCCUUUCCACCAACUCCUCCGGUGUAUACCACCAUUCUUGGUCUCUGAAUUUCUUUGUGGCUUUUAGUCUCUUUUUUUUAAUUGUUUUACACACACACACACACACACACACACACACACACACACCACUCAGUCCUUAUAACCUUACUUGUCUGUAUGUUUUUAGAACUGACUACUUGGUAUCAGAUAGCCAAUAGGAGUGCUGUUUCCUGGGAAAGACUGACUUCUGCUCUCAGCAAUCUUCAGUUGCCCAUAGUUUUUUUUUGUCUAGGGUUGAGGACCCGUGAGGUCUCUCCCUUCCACGUUAGCACGUUCAUUGGUGGUAUCAUUGUUCCAGUUUUGUUGAGCCUUCCUGGGUGUGGCCUUCCUGACGUUUCUAGGAGACAAAUCUCACGGCAGACUUCCUGGUGAAAGUGAGGAUGUAAUUAUUUCACUAGACCCAAGAUAAAUGAUAAAUGGGUGUUUAUUAGGGAACAAUUACACAGAAAAAUACGAAGAACCGUGGGAGCAUUUCCCAGCCCUUCCUACCACCAGAAAGAGCGAGUGAAGGAAAGCCACGCCUCAAGCUUCCCUCCUGCUUCCAUCCACAUGAAGCCACAACCAAAGCGGUGUGGCCACCAUUGCAGGUUCACAGACCAGAAGCCUACAUCCUGGUCCUGUGACCCUCACAGUCUUCCUCUUCUGGGAUGUCCCCUGAGCCUUGGGUGCAGGAGUUAUGUUACUGAUAGAUGAGUUGGAACAAGGCACCCCACGAUCACUCAUUCUCUUCAUUUUGAUGCCUUGUGCUUUUCUGUAGUGGUCUCUGUUACAAAGAGUUUCUUUGUUGAGGGGCAAGAACUGAACUUUUUGUAUUUACAAUGCAGGUAGGAAUUAUCCUGGUUUAAUAAAGUGGUGGCUUAUUAAUAUAGCUUUAAA